GUGAUGCUUACGUCCGGAGGGAAAUACAAUUUUGUUCUUAAUUUUUGAAGUUAGAGAGAGAAGAUAAACAGUGGAAAUGAAAGCUUAGAGAGAGAAUUCGAUUUGAAAUUGUGGAGUAGAACUGUUUGCAAAUGAAAACGAAAUUGAAGAUUUCGAUCAUGAAACGCCUUGACGACGCUCCAAAGACGCGGCGUAUACGUUAAUCUUCACCUUCAAUCAGAUUCCCGAUGCCCAUCGCAAUUCAAGGUUUGCAUGCGAUUUCAGUCAAUUCUCCUAUCUACAUUUGUAUCAACUGAUCGAUUUUGUUUAUAGUUUUUCCCCUUCCGUUUUGUUUUUAAUGAAUCUGUGAUCUGUGUGAAAUGGUGAAAUAAAGAAGUGUCUGCUAAUUCAAUUGGUUUACCGACACCAUCAAAACCAGCAUACUCCCUUUUCUAUAUGCUCAGGCAUGGGCACUGGAGGAUUAGUGGCCUGAAUUGAUGUGAGAUGCAGCGGUCACGUAGAGCUCUUCUGCAGAGAAGAGCUUUAGAGAAAACUACCAGUGGGAGGAAUCGCUUGUAUAUGUUCUUUCUGUCCCUAGUAUUUGUAUUGUGGGGGCUAUUCUUCCUCUUUAGCUUGUGGAUCAGACAGGGCAACAGUCGUAAAGAUGGCUGCACCAAUCUACAAGAUAGCAUAUCAACUUGGAAUGAAUCCAAGUACAGAAAUUACAAGCAUUCUGAAAUAAUUACUGAAAGCCGUCAGAAUAAAAAUUGUUCAGUUGCCCUUCUAAAAGAUCGGUUCAUAGACAGUGCAAAAUCCAGAGCCUAUGAUGAUGAUAUCUUUGUUCGUGAAGAAAAUGUAAAUCAUGACAAUUUUGAUGAGAAUGUAAAUUUGCUUGCUUUUGGAGAGCUGCCUGAUGUGAAGAAAAAUGAUGGCUUAGGAGGGAAUUUUCAAAUUGAUAAUCUAAACGCUGAUCGCCUAUCUCAUGUUUUACCCCUUGGCCUUGAAGUUUUCAAAAGCAGAGCAUUUAUCUCAAAAACCAAAAUCAGACCUGGUCAAGUGGAGAGUACUUUACAUAGGUUAGAGCCUAGCGGUGCAGAAUACAACUAUGCAGCAGCUUCAAAGGGGUCAAAGGUAUUGGAUUUUAACAAGGAAGCCAAGGGAGCCUCAAAUAUAUUAGAAAGGGACAUUGACAAGUACCUCAGAAAUCCAUGUUCUGCUGAUGAAAAAUUUGUUACCUUGGAACUCUCUGAAGAAACGUUAGUGCGUACAAUUAAAAUUGCUAAUUUUGAGCACCACUCUUCCAAUUUGAAGGAAUUUGAGCUUCUUGGGAGUUCGGUUUAUCCUACAGAUGUUUGGAUAAAGCUUGGAAACUUUACUGCUGCAAAUGCAAAGCAUGCUCAGAGUUUUGUCCUAAAGGAGCCAAAAUGGGUAAGAUACCUUAAAUUAAGACUUUUAAGUCAUCAUGGUUCAGAAUUCUACUGCACACUAAGUGUCUUUGAAGUUUAUGGAUUGGAUGCCGUCGAGGAAAUGCUGGAGGAUUUGGUUUCAGUUCAGGACAAUACCUUCAUUUCAACAGAACUUUCUGCAGACAGUGAACCAACGACAAAGUACGACAGCGAACAUCAUAACUACGACGGAGAAAUAUCCUCUUCAAGGGAGGACGACUUACCAGAUAGCUUUCAAGAACUGCGCCAUCAUCAUCAAGCAGGCAGGAUGCCUGGGGACACUGUUCUAAAGAUACUAAUGCAGAAAGUCCGCUCAUCUGAUUUAAACUUGUCUAUCCUGGAGCGGUAUUUGGAAGAACUACAUUCCAAAUAUGGAAAUAUUUUCAGACAGUUCAAUGACGAUAUUCGAGAGAACGACAUACUCGUAGAGAAGAGUCGUGAAGACAUAAGGAAUCUCCUAAGAAUCCAGGAGAGCAUUGGUAAAGAUGUUAGUGAUCUCAUUUCUUGGAGGUCCUUUAUUUCUCUGCAGUUGGAAAAUCUACUAAGAGACAAUGCAAUUCUCAGAUCUGAGAUUGAGAAGGUUAGGGAGAAACAGAGUUCUCAAGAGAACCAAGGAGCUACAAUGGUGUUUGUAUGUAUGAUUUUUUUAUUAUUUGGUGUGGCAAGGCUGUUCAUAGAUAUGGUGGUUAGUGUUUAUACAAGAACAAGUAUGGAAAAGAAGAGUAAAUCUGGGAAAUUUUGUAUGACUUCUUCCUGGAUUUUGUUGCUACUGAGUUGUAGCAUCUUCAUUUUCAUACUUUUGUAGUUUCAUUAGUAUGUAAUGUAUCCACACUUACAAAUUUUGUCCACUGAAUCACUAUACUAUGCUUGCAAAUA